AUGCCUCCUAAAUCAGCGGUCGUUGUCCCGCUGUACAUCUAUCCCUUGACGGCGGAGACCUGGUCCCCUCUCUAUGCAGCAAUCGAGUCUGACCCCACGCUGAGCUUCCUGGUCAUUGUCAACCCCAACAGUGGCCCAGGCGACAUCCCCUCCCCCGACGCCAACUACGCCCGUGAAGUCGCCCGCCUCAACGCCUACCCUAAUGUCUACACCAUCGGCUAUAUCCGGGUCGACUACUGCCAUCGGCCCCUGCACGAGGUCUUCGCCGAGAUCGCGCGAUACGCCGCCUGGUCUGAGCACUAUGAAACAACAAGACUCGGCGUGCGCGGUAUCUUCGUCGACGAGACCCCGAACCACCACUCCCCGGAGAGAGCCGAGUAUCUGAGUGCACUGACCCGACAUAUUAAAGAGUUCCCAGGGAUCCUCUCCGAUAGAUUUGUCGUCCACAACCCAGGCACCGCAUCCGACGCCUCAAUCGCGUCCACAGCCGACCUCUCCUUCGUCUGCGAGGAGUCCUACACGCGGUACCGAUCCUCCGACGUCCAGGACUGGCUCGCACUGCAUCCAUGCGACCGCACACGCGCCGGAUACAUUAUUAGCGGCGUCCCCAUGCCCGAACUCCACGCGCUCGUCCAGGAAUUGCGCCACCGGUCUGCUUACCUCUUCGUCACGGAAUUCGAGGAGAAUUUCUACGAGGCCUUUGGGCCGAGUAGUUGGGAGGGCUUCAUGCGCGCGCUGCAGGCGUGA